AUGAAUGAUCUCCAUCUUCCUCUUCCACAACCUGCCACCAUAUAUUGUGACAACAUCUCUGCCAUCAAAAUCGCCACCAACCAAGUAUUCCAUGAACNAACAAAACACAUAGAGAUUGACUGCCAUCUCAUUCGGGAAAAAGUUCAACAGGGCAUUGUGAAGCUCCUCCCCAUACACACUACUCUACAACUUGCUGAUAUAUUGACCAAGCCUCUUCCUCCUUCAACCUUUCAUAGCAUAAAUUCCAAGCUUGGCACUCUUAACAUCUACGCCAAGCUUGAGGGGGGCUGUGCGAACGACGUUCAUAUGCCUACCCAAAAAAGAGGUAGGUCUGGGACUAGGUUGAGAGAGUUGGCAACCACCCGCAACGCUGAUUAUAGGAUUCCCAUUUGUUUUGAUAUGCAAACCUGUAAACCCUUAGGAGAAAAUAGCACGAAAUUCAUCAGUUAUGUAGCCUUACUAGGUAGAAGCAAGGCAUCCAUUCUUUGUGAUGAUUGGGAUCAUGUUCCAGAGAAUGUCACGUAUGAUGUUCCAAACACUAAUAUAUUGAGGAAGAAAUGGAUUUCAUAUGCCGGUGGAAGAUGGAAGAAUUUUAAAACCAUGCUUACAAGUCAUUAUAUUUAUGGUUCCAAAACUGAUAAAAGUCCUUGUGAAAAAUAUCAAUUUCUUGAUGAGGAAACAUGGCAAGCCUUUAAGUUGAAGCGAUUAGAUCCUACCUUUCAGGCUAAGAGGAGAGUUGCACAAGAGAUCGCAAAGAAAAAUGUCCACCCCCACAUAUUGUCUCGUGGGGGUUAUGAGAAAUUGGAGCAGAAGAUGAUGAAAGAGGCAUCUGCCUCUAAUUCUAGUGGGGCCUCCAAUACGAGUACCAUAACUCGUCCUCCACGCCAUGUUACAUGGAAGAGAGCUCGCCAAAGACCAUCUGGGGAGUACACAUCUGAGGAAACAGCGAGCAUAGCUAGGCGCAUUGAUGAGUUGGUGGAGCAGAGCACACAAGGUACAUUCACUCCUGAGGGCCGUGAGGACAUAUUAGCAGUUGCCAUUGGUCGUCCAGAGCAUUCUGGACGUGUUCGAGGUGUUGGUAAAUUUAUUGGCAUCCGUCAAUUCUUCGGUCCUCCAACAAGUCAUCAUAGUAAAGCCUAUGUUAGUGAGGAGGUCCUCAAGGGUAUAAAAGAAGAAAUUAGACAGGAGAUGAGAGAACAAUUGAAGAAGGAGUACUCUGAUAUGCGGGCACAAUUGUUAGCAGAUGUGCGAGCAGAAUUAGCCUCCUCCUCAAGCCAGCCUAGGAAUCCCCCUCAACCUUCUCAUCUUUGUGUAAGCACAAAGGAGAGUUGUGAUGUUUCUCCUCAAAAUGCAUCUCCCACUAUUGAUGCAGACUACGAGUUGUUUAGUGAUGAUGCCCUACAGUACUUGGUGGCCUUAGCUGAUAUGAUGAGAGUGGUGGUUGUAGACGUACGAGAUGCUACAGCUCGAGUCCCUGUGCCCACUCAAGAUGUUCAGACAGUGGGACAGGCCCCUGGAAAUUUUAUCCUUUGGCCCCUUAGAUUAUCAAGAGCAAUUGUAAAGGAGGUUGAAGCACAAGGGCAAAAAAAUAUGAAUGAAUCACUGCAACAAACGCCACAGCCGCCACAACAAAUAAUUCUAGAACAACUUAGUGUGUUGUUGGCAAUGAAGAUCUCCCUUUCUCCUGUAGAGUUACAAAUGCCUCCUGAAGUCACAAACAGGACAUCUUCACUCUCUUUCUUUAUAUAUCAGAGGGAUAUUUUUGAAAUUCUCUCUGGCACUGAUAUGUAUUUACAUAGGUUCAGCAUUGAAAGGAGGAAUGAUCACAUUUAUGGUUUUAUCGACCCUGUUGCCAUUCAAGGAGUUGGAAAUAAAGGUGAAGAGGUCCAAAAGUACCUCUUAGAGGCUUUUGGGUAA